GAACAGGAAAACGGCGUUUCUCUCUCUCCAUCUCUCUCGCUCACAUAAACCUCUAACUGUAUUCUAGCCCUGGUAGUGGUACCACAAUUUUUGCACUGUUGUAUUCUGGAGGAUGCUAUUGGUCCCCCACAUAAUUGAUUUUGCCUAGAGAUUGACAUUUAACAUCAGGCACUUUUAACACGAUGAAAAACGUGUAUCGCAGUGGUGUUCUCAAGAGGUCAAAUGGUAGUGCAAAACUAAUUAUCACUACAAUUAUGGGAAUUGUCUUUGGAUAUUUCAUUGGUGUUUCUUUUCCAUCUGUUUCUCUUACCAAGGUUAUCUUACCUUCAAGCAUUUAUUCACCGUUUGAUCUAACAAUGCAUGAGGAUCAAUCUAAAUCUCUUGAACGAAGUUUCCCUGAAAAUCUUGGUUCAGGCAAUACACCUGCAACACCUAAGAUCUACGUUCCAACAAAUCCCCGUGGUGCAGAGUCAUUGCCUCCAGGAAUUGUAGUCCCAGAGACCGAUUUAUAUCUCAGAAGAUUGUGGGGUGAACCUAGUGAGGAUUUGAAGAACAAGCCAAAGUACUUGGUAACUUUCACUGUUGGUUGGGGUCAGAGGGAUAAUAUUGAUAAAUCAAUAAAAAAGUUUUCUGGGGAUUUCCAAAUCUUGCUUUUUCACUAUGAUGGCCAAACUACAGAGUGGGAUCAAUAUGAGUGGUCAAAGCAGGCAAUACAUAUCAGCGUAAGGAAACAAACCAAGUGGUGGUAUGCAAAGAGGUUUUUGCAUCCAGAUAUUGUAGCAGCAUAUGAAUAUAUUUUCAUUUGGGAUGAAGAUCUUGGUGUUGAACACUUCAAUGCGGACAAGUAUAUCCGGUUAGUUAAGAAACAUGGUCUGGAGAUUUCUCAGCCUGGUCUUGAACCCAAUAAUGGAUUAACUUGGCAAAUGACCAAGAGGAGAGGUGAUAAAGAAGUUCACAAAGAUACAGAAGAGAAGCCAGGAUGGUGCAGUGAUCCUCAUCUGCCUCCAUGUGCAGCAUUUGUAGAGAUUAUGGCUCCUGUUUUCUCUCGGGAUGCUUGGCGGUGUGUGUGGCAUAUGAUUCAGAAUGAUUUGGUGCAUGGAUGGGGUUUGGAUUUUGCACUUAGAAGAUGUGUAAAGCCUGCACAUGAGAAAAUUGGCGUCGUUGAUUCACAAUGGAUCAUUCAUCAAGUCGUCCCUUCGCUGGGAAGCCAGGGCAACUCUGAGAACGGUCAAGCUCCAUGGAAAGGGGUAAGAGAUAGGUGUAGAAGUGAGUGGGCAUUGUUCCAAGAUCGACUAGCAAAUGCAGAUAAAGCCUACUUCAAGCAGAUUGGAAAAGAAGAGUAAAGUAUUGCAUGCAUACACACGUGUAGGCAGAUAUGUACAUUGGUUUGUUUCUUGACCCUUUUUGGCCUGUGACCCACAGCCCCAUUUAGGUGGCUUUUGAGUUCGCCUGCCAUAGUCAGACACACAUACUUUGUACUCUAGCCUAUAGCCAUCACCAUAACCAUGACCAUGGUCACACAGACAGAUGAGCCAAGAAAAUGUCAGUUUUUUGUGCAUAGUUUACGUUAUUAGAUUCAGCAGCAGAGUGAUUCUCUUUUGGUAUCUUGUGUUAUCGUCACAUACUUGUGCUUUUCCUUAUGCAAGAACUCACCUUUUUUGUAU